AUGGGACAGCCUCUUCCUGCUCCGGUGUGUGCCUGGUGGUGGUGUCUUUUCCUGUGGUGGGCAAGAUGUCCCACAUGGGCAGAAUUCUUGAAUUCAAGUGUCAACUGCUACUCUGACUAUGAUAAAGUCUUUGGCUGUGAAUGGAAGACAAACAGACCAACCAACUGCAGUUCUGAAUUCCAGCUGUAUUAUAAUCAGACUAAUUCUCAACUAUCUGGAAAGUGUAUUGCUGAGAACAAGAGAGUCAAUGAAGUCACCUUACCCUUGGAGUGUAUGUGCCAAAGCAAAGUGAAUGACUUUGCAGUUAUAGAUAUGUACCAGCUGAAGAUUCAGGCUGGCAAACAGGUCCUUUGGGAAAUACCUGACUUCAUGCCUUCUCAAAAUGUGAAGCCAAGAACCCCAACAGACCUUGUCAUCUCUAGAGCUCCGAACAAUGCCUUAAUCCUGACUUGGAACAGUACUUAUUCUUCAGAAUAUACCCAUAUGAAUGACUAUCUCACAUAUGUGGUUGAAGUUUCCGAAGAAGGUCACAUGCUCCCUAUCAAAAGAUGGGAGGUCUCUAAAGAACCCAACCUGACGAUCUUUGCUUUUCACCUGAAAAAUAAAUGUUCCCUCACUGCUCGAGUAAAAUCAAAAGCUUUAGGUUUAUAUGAUGGACAGUGGAGUGAUUGGAGUCAACCUACCAAGUGGUUUAAUGAGUAUCCUGGAAAAUCACUUGGGCCCCUGGAAUUGGGGGUGCCCAUUUUCUGCAUCCUGAUCCUGCUUGUUAAUGUCUUGUGCUAUUUCAGUGUCAUCAAGAUUAAGAAAGUGUGGUGGGAUCAGAUCCCCAACCCAGCCCAUAGUCACUUAACUGCAAUCAUUAUUCAGGACCCACAGCUUUCAUCAUGGAGGAAACCGCAUAAAGCAAAGGAAAAGAAAAAUUUCCCACACUGGAAGAUAUGUCUCUCCAAAUUGUUUCCCUGUUUGCUUAGCCACAACCUAACAGCCAAAGAAGAGUCUCCUCAUUCUGCUAAGGACAGCCACCUUCCUCUCCCCAGCAAACGAGAAGGCUGGUCAGUGGAAGUCUGUAGAGCUGUCUUAAUGCCGGAGCAGAUCAGUGUGGUGCAGUCAGUCGAGCUUUAUGAGCCUGAGGUGGAAAGUGAGAAAGGAGAUGAUGAUGACAUUUCCUUCAUCCCUUCCCCAGAGAACAGUGCAAGCAGUUUCAUACAGAACAAAGAAGCACUGGCAGCCAGGUUUGCCCAGACGCUGUUCUUUGAUCUCCUAGGAGAGGAUCCUUUUUUGUCAUGUUCCAACCAGCCAUCUGAGAAAUACAAGGAUUUGGCAGAUGCAACUGAGUCACCCCUGAAGGAAAGCAAAGAUCCGAACCAGAGCUGGGCCAGCCCUACCAGGCCAGGUUCACCCAUUUUCCAGAAUGGCUUCCUGAGUGGUCCACAGGUUUCUGAAACCGUCUGCCAGAGCCCUUGCAGAGACACUGCUUCUCCCACGAUCAGACAGUCCCCUGAGCCCCAUGAAGAGCUGCAGCAGUUUCCUUUAGCUACUCAAAUGCAGAGCACCGGAUCAACAUUGCUGUCAGAGGUACCCCAAGUUGUCGCUGAUAACGCUGCCUAUCGAAGCUUCAGCAGCCUCCUGGCUCAAUCCGUGCCCAGGACUGAGGAAGAGUCGAGUCCUCCCUCAGGUUCAUCCAACUGGUCAUCAGAGGAGACCGCCCCGUGCUGUGGAGACCUUGAUCUACAGCAUGAGACGGAGUGCUUGGAAGACUCUAAGACCUCUCCCUCCCAUAAUGGAGAGCCGUCUUCUUUGCUCCAGUCACAGGAAGAGAGCUGGGAGGAAAUCCUAAGACAGAGGGUUCUCAGGCAAGAAGGAGCCGUCACUUGCCCCACCAUUUUAGCAACAUCAGGCUACCGGUGUUUUGACAAUGCAGUAAAGCAAGGAAAUGACCAGAAUUAUAAGGCAGCUAGCUUUAAUGAACCCAAAGAAUCAGGAUAUCGAUCUUUUGCAAGUCUCCUAAAUGAUGCCAGGAAAGAAACCUCUGCAGAGAACUUUGGGGAUAAGUCUGAGUCUGGAAAAGGAGGAGGAGGAUACCAGCCAUUAAAAAACCUCAAUUCCUCUAGCCAAGAGGCAGAGAAAGGGACUCUGCUUCCCCUAUUUACCUUUGGUCUGGAUUUAGGAGAAGAAGCUGUCCCUCAGAAAUUCCAGCAUAACCCCAUGCCAUCCAGUCUCCUCAAGAUGUACAGUCCCCCUGAUACAUCUGAAGAAGAGAUAGAGAAGUACCCUCUGACAUUGGACAGGGAGGGUACCUCAAAGCACAGGGACACCCCUAAGGGGUCCCCAAGCUGUGCCAAGUUAGAUUUCAGCAAUGGCAUUGUCUAUUCCACCUUGACCUGUCACCUGUGUGGACACCUAAAGAGAUGUCAAAGUCCAGGUGGAAAUUAUAUGCCCCUGGGUGAUGCCCAGAGCACAAAGUGCAACUGUGUGGUUGAAACCCUAGAAACAUUGCCUCCACCUCUCCUAAAAGCCAACAGUUUCUUCCCUUUGGAAAAAAUGGAGAGUCUAGAGAGUGGUGUGCCAAGGACCUCUUCUGUGGAGCCUCUAGGGGAGAGUCAUUGCAAGGAAGAGUCUGCUCCGGGAGUCUGUGUGUCUCUCCUUCCUCAAGAGAGGGAAGACCCAUGUGGCUCUAAUCCAGAGAAAUGUAAAGGAACCCCCCACCUAAAGCCCAGCCCAAGCCAGCCCUUCAGCCCUAGCAUGGAAGACUGUGAACAUGAGGGCAACACCUACAUGAAAGUUUCUUAG